CAUCCACAACGAGGACGAAGGGGAAAUUCAGAGCCAAGCGUGAAAGUCGCCAAAAUGAAUUACUUCAAAAACUAACUCUGUCACUAAAUGCAAGAAUGCAACGUCUGAAUUGUAGCAACAGAGAAAAAGGAUCGUCGAAUUGGUUGACAGUUUUACCUUUGAAAGAUCACAGCUUCGACCUGAAUAAACAAAAUUUUUGGGAUGCUGUUAAAAUAAGAUAUGGUUGGAAUUUAUCUAAUGUCCCAACAACAUGUGCAUGCGGUGCCAAAUUCGAUUUUCAACAUGCUAUGAAAGGUGGAUUUGUUAUCAUCCUUCACAACAAUGUUCGGGACAUCACCACAAAUAUGCUUUCACAAGUUUGUAAAGAUGUCGAAUCGGAACCUAUGUUGAUGCCUCUCACUGGAGAAAAGUUUGGCAAACGAUCAGUGAAAACGUCGCACGAAGGUCGUUUAGACGUAAGACCUCGACGAUUUUGGGAAAAAAGACAAAAUGCAUUUUAUGAUAUAAGGGUCUUUGAUCCAAACGCAUCGCGUUAUUUUAACCAAAACCUAAAGCAAUGUUAUGUUAGGAACGAGGCUGAGAAGAAGAAUCAAUACAACGAAAGAGUAUUGGAAGUUGAGAAUGGAUGCUUCACACCGGUGGUAUUCUCGAUUUUGGGCGGAAUGGGUCGAGAGUGCCAAACAUUCUACCAUCGAUUGGCUGAAGACAUCGCAGCGAAAAAAAAAGCAAAACCUGGGCAAUGUGAUAUCGUUGAUCCGGACGAAACUAAGUUUUUCACUGCUGAGAUCGUGCCUAUUAUGUAUUAGAGGCUCCCGUACGGCAAAUGUCAGGUCAGAGUGCAGUAGAUUGGUUGCUGAAGACAUUGAUGUCGAUCAUCAACUGGCUAAAAUUUAGAUUUUUUCCUUGUAAUGUAAUCUUUUCUAUGUUCUGUUAUCCUUCCACGUAUAAUGUCUCCAGUCGAAUUUAUAUGUAUUUAAUGUAUUUUUUUGUAUCGGUAUAUCUCCGUUGGACACCGGUAAAAUAUAUGUAUACAACAACAACAAAUAAAAGUUAACUAAUGUAAACAAUGAAAAAAAAAAAGUGCAUUUUUCAGCCGCCAUUAGACCAUUUCGGAGAUUAUGCGCCAUUAUGGAUUUGCAGAACUCGGUGGUGCAAGUUGAACUUUGGACUCGUUUUAUUCAGUCUUUUGCCUAGAGGUCUCCCAAAAAUGCUUUUAGGACACUGUACUGUAGCUAGCUAUAAGGCUGUAAUUAGUAAUUAAUGCUUGAUUAAAGGUAAUUUCAUUUUAUAUUUAGAUAUUUAAAAUUGUGUAGCUGCUUUGUGCUUUAUAAAGAUUUGGCAUUGGAUUUUAAACUUGGAUUUUUAGAGAGAAAUUUUUGAUUUUGGAAAUACCUUACUGGAUUUGGAUUUAGACUUGAACUUUGUUUUUGGAUUUGUAAAGAAAUGUUUAGGUUGUAAUAUUUGUGAAGAUCUAGAAAGUUAUAAUCCAUUGUCAAAAUACUUGUCAAAACUCUACAAUGUUAUCUAUUCCUAAAGUGAAACUUACGCUCGCAAAAUAAUAUGGCUUCUUCUAUAUAAUGGGUGUAAAAAUUUUCAAUACACUGCCCAUAGAGAUAAGGUGAACAGGUUCAGUCGCAAAGUUUUAGGAAUUGAGUCAGUAGUCAUUUUAAUUGCAAAUAAUUUUUAUUAUUUUGAUAUUUUUAUAAUUUUGUUUUUCGAUGAUAAUUACACUAAUCUGUAUGUUUGUCCCUUGAUUCGUCUACUUAAACACUCCCAUCUUUAAGUCUUUCAAGAGUGGUAUUAGAAAGAAUACCUGUCUUUCUUCCCUGCUUUCGCUAUUGCCCUGUAAUUUUUUUUGUACGCUUUCCUUAUUGAAAAAUAUCAAAAAAGGGAAAAAUGAUGAGUUUAUUUUACUAGACUAAAGUGUUAUAUAUGUCUUUAUCGGUUUCUUUAUCAGGACACGCAAUUAUAGCAGUAAUUUAUUACUAAAGUGUAAAUCUUUAUGAUAAAUAAAUAAAUUACUCUGUGAAGCUUGUUUGAAUUAUUGACAUAAUAAGUUCUAUAGCAGAAAAAGCUCUGGUGAUUAACUCAACUAUUACUCAGUCCACAAGAAGUCAGUCAGCUACCUCACACUAAGUUCUAAAAAAUCCUCAUACGUUGUAAGCGGCAUAAUUCGAUCGUAAGGAUAUGUUUCAAGUUAAUUAAAUAAAUCCAAUUUAGCGUUAAAAUAAUAAUAAAAGACACUCAGUAUCCCUACGUCCUACACGUGUAUUUAAUUGCUAUUCUAAUUCAUUAAUAGAUCAAAGCAAUACGCUUAAAUAAAUGUUGUCUGGUGCUAUCCCCUGUUACUUACAUAAAAACAUUACGAAGACCUAAACACGAGAAAAAAAAGAGUGUAUACAAAACUCGUUUCUUUUUGUGUGUGUUAAGAGAGUUUUCUACUAGAAGUGGCUACAAGUACGUGACCGUACUUUUGCUUUUUUUUGCUAGAAGUACGGCAUUCACGUAUUUUUACUAUUUUUUGCUAGAAGUACGGCAUUUACGUAUUUCUUUUUUCUAGAAGUCGCUUGGCCAGCGGGUUGGUUGGAGAGUUAACGAUGAAAAGGCACGGUCAUGUUAAGAAUAUUAUCAUGAAGAUGUGAUGCUCAUAUUAGUCAAAAAAAAGAACAUUGAGGCUGCAACGAAAAUAAAGAUUGUCUCCAGCUACCACAGUUGCCCCUAAAGAAAAUUUGUUAGUUAUUAUCUUACAUUUAUUUUCGCAUCGGAAUUUUUUAAUAUGGAAGAAUAGUAACUACACCCACUUUCAUUCAAAUUUACCUGACACACUUUUCAUUUCUUCGAGUAGCUGUUGUACAUUAUUUCGGCCACUCUCGUUGUUUUUUGAGCUCAUGUUAUGAAGGUCUUUCAAGAUAACAUUUUUCCCACACAGAUUGGAAAUAUGGUUUUGAAUUAAUUUUUUGGCUUUCACUUUUAACAUUUGUGAUGCCUGCAGCGAAAGGUUUUCAUCAAAACAUUCCUGUAAGAAAAAACGGAGUAUUUGACUUGCCGCAAGUAUGAUAUACGGGCGCUUU